AUGCCUAUAGAGCAAUUCACGUUUGAUGAUCCAAUGCCACGUCACAGGCUGCACGUUACACCUCAGUAUUUUCCGUCGACUUUGAACGGAGAAACCAACUCAAGGGCUAAUUGGUAUCACGGAAUUCUAUUUGUUUCCCAAAUCGGAACCUCAAAAGCCCUAGCUUCGUGCCUCUGCGAUUUGUUCGAGUCGUUCAGCGUCGUUACGGAGCUCGUAGAUGCCAGGGAUUACGUGCCCGAAGCCCUACCCAAGGAGAACCUUGUCGUCCUCGUUGCUUCAACUUCGGAAGUUUGGAACCAAUUUCUCGGACAAGAUUUCAUCUCCACUGACAACCGUUCUGUCGGAGCAAUGAUGUUCGCCGGUCGGAUCGUCAAUUACGCGAAGGGCUAUAAGUUUGGAUCGUUAGUUGUGAAUGCUUACGGUUUCAGUGCGUUUGUCGCCGGCAAAGGGGCUUCUGGAGAUGACACGAAUUUGAUGGCUAAGGCUGCCAAUCAUAUUAGGGAUUUGGGGGACACUGCUGAAUUGAACGGGGAUUUUGACAGCUGGUGGGGAAGUGUUGUUGGGGUUUUGCAAGGUGCUGUUUCGGGAGGUGCUGCUGAUGCCAUGUGCGGGGAAUAUGAUCCUGAGGAUGUUGGUUCUUCUGAUCCAAAGCUAUCCAUGACGCAGCGCUUAUACCUGUUUGUGGAAAAUAUAAAUCUUAAAAGAGAUCAUGUUGGGCCAGCCAUCACGCGAAGGAUGUUAACUAUAACUGAGGCCAACUUUAUUAAGAAUGGCACUGUUGAUCUUGAAGAUGGAGGUCAUGUAACUGCCAAAUGGCCUCUUAGAGAUGGUCUAUUGGUCGAUUAUCCAUUACCAUAUAUGCAAGGAGUUUGUUCUGUCGGUCACAGCUUCUUCUUUGCUGGUGGUAAUGACCUGAAUAUUAUUGACCCAGAAUUGUGUUUGAAUUGGGAUGAUCAACACCCCUCAAGGAUGUGGUGCCUCAAGUAUGAGGGUUCUAAUUGGAGUUGGAAGUUUUGUGGAAGCAUGUUCUGCUGCCGAUAUAGACCCUUAGUAGUCCCCUAUGAUGGCAAAUUGUACAUCUUUGGGGGUACUGGAACUGCAAAUUGCUGGGUUGAUAUUUACAGCCUAAAAUCAGGUCUAUGGGAAACAAGGGAAGUGCCCGAAAGUGCUCUCUUGUCAUAUUGCAGGAACCCUGACUCUUACUUUCUGUGGGAGGACAGCACCAAGCCUCACAAGAAGACCCACAUUGUAUUGUAUUCUUGUGGUGAUGAAGGGCUCAUGUCAUAUGACGUCAAGGCUAACAAUUGGGAAUACCUUGAUUGGAAUUUUCCGCCAGUUCCUGAAUAUUGUCCAAGGAAACUUGUUCGUUUGGGAUGCAGUCAUUAUCUUCUGAUUGUUGACUUCGCUCCAAUGUGGCAUAUUUAUGAUUUAUCUAACAUGAAUGUUGUGGGAUGA